ACUAUAACUCACACUCUCCUCUUAAGCCCUAGUAGCUAAUUAACUAGUAUUUGCAACAUAACACUAGCUAUAUUACUACAAGAGUUUAAUUACAAUGGCUUCCAAAUCUUGUUCCUCCCUUGCUAUUUUCCUCACAAUCAACAUUCUCUUCUUUACACUUGUUUCAUCUUGUGGAACUUGCGGCUCUGGCUCAUACCCGAACCCGAACCCUAACCCUAAGCCAAAACAUACACCAAGUCCAAAACAUUCAGGUGGCUCGAGUCCAGGAGGCUCAAGCCCUUCAGGUCCUUCCGGCCCAUCAGGUGGCUCUAGCCCUUCAGGCGGGGGUAGCACCGCCUCGUGUCCACGUGAUGCACUCAAACUCGGCGUAUGUGCCAAUGUCCUAAAUGGCUUGUUGAAUGUAACUUUGGGCCAGCCACCAGUGACACCAUGUUGCUCCCUUCUAAAUGGCCUAGUUGAUCUUGAGGCUGCAGUGUGUCUUUGCACUGCCCUUAAAGCUAACAUUUUGGGGAUAAAUCUCAACCUUCCCAUCUCACUUAGCUUGCUUCUCAAUAUUUGCUCAAAACAAGCACCACGUAAUUUCCAAUGUGCCUAAAUAAAAUAUCAUCAUCAUCAAGAUCAUAUCAACGUAUCUACUUCAUUUGCUUUUUAUUUGACUUAAGUUUCGUUGCUUAUUCUAAAUUAUCCAUUUGAUCUCUCAGUUUGAGAGAUUUGUUCAUUGCAUGGAUGAUUAACCUCUCGUUAUAUUAUUCAUUGGAUUCGGUGUUUGUUUUUAUAUUUGUCCAGAUUGUCAUGAUAAAUGUAUUAUCCCAAUGCAAUUUGCUAGGGAAAUAAUUAAGAUGAUUAAUUAUUAAUAGUGUUUAUUUUACUGA